AUGAGUAUCUUGCAAAACGUUGUUAGGGCUAUUCAGUCUUCUGGCAUUUUAAAACAUGGUAGAACGAUAAAUGAGCAUGUUGUACCGGAAUAUUUUACUAAGCAGCUGUGGAGUCAACAGCGAAGUAAUCCAUCAAAAGAUAGAGCAGCCCUCGAGGUCUUGGAUGAAAACUUUAAAAAUGUUGAGGCGUUUGGAGGCUAUAUUUCUGCAUUGAAAGCUCCACAAUUUGUCCGACAACAGGUACGAAAUAAAUAUGAUAAGGAGGCCGCAGUUAACUUCAGUAGGGCGUUACAAAAGAUCAAGCAAAGCUCUAAAUCGCAAGCAUUCCUCUUUGAAUUAACUAACCAUGAAGUUAAGGAAUUUAUUAGGCAGCUAGUUUUGGUUACCCCCAAAAACAUAGGAAUAUCAUCCCAGGAUGUAAGUAGGACCUUUCCCCUAUUGGUAUUCGGAAGCGUUCCGCCAAUACCAGACUUUGAUAACGACCCGGAUCGAUUAGAACGUUAUAUAGGUCUUCUUACGCAUACUGCUUUUCAUUCUCAGAGCCCAUCAAAAAAUUCAGACGUAAUUGUCGAACGAAUAUUAAGAGAAUUAAUGCAUCCUUUGAACAAGGCAACAAUCAAUUUAAGAACAACCACGAUGUUUAACGACAUGAUACAAUAUUAUGCUAGAAGGAAUGACUUUGCAUCCUGUAGAGAGUUUUACGGUCAAAUGAAAAUUGAGCAAAAGUGUCCAAAUACUAAGACAUACAAUUUACUACUACGGAAUUUAGCUAUGAAGAUUCCAAGAGUUAAGAAGCAACUUGGAUUUAAGGAAGCAACUUUUUAUCUUAAAGAUAUGAAGAAAAACCAAGUAUUUUCAGACGUAGUUACAUGGAACACAUGCUACCAAUUAUUACUUGAUGACAUAUCAAGAGGAUUGUUUAUAGAAAAGAUGAUAGAAAACGAUGUUCCAGUAUCCACGCCAUUCCUUGCCAACCUAUUUAAAUCUGAUGAGUACACAGCUGAACAACUCUUAACAUUUUUGACUGAACAUAAUAUUCCGUUGUGCCCGAGAUUACUGAAGGUAUGUAAUGAAAAACUGAUCAAAGAAGAGAAAUACUUAGCCGUAUGGGAAUGCCUUAAACACCUGCAUGAAAAGGGUAUAAAAAUUGGAGUUCAAGCAUACAAUAUGCUCCUAUUACCUUUGGCUGAGAAAGGUCGACUUGAUUUAGUUCUCAUUAUAUUUUAUCGCAUGAGAUAUGUUUUCCGAAUAAAUCCAAGCUUGUUUUCAUACCGAAUAAUAUUCAAGGUCCUAGCAUGGUAUAGAAAAAAUGAGCAUUUUGAUCUGAUUUACAAUUGGAUGAAGCUUGAAAUGUUGAAACAUACCAAUGGUGUUUUGAUCCGUGACAGCUGGUUUAUAAAAUGUGACAGCAUAUCCAAGGCUAACGCUGUAGCAAUUUCCCAAAACGAACUUGAAGGGUUCUCUCUCCUGUUGAGAUCAGUAAGUCAAUCAGAAUGGCAUAUAGGAACAAAAUAUUGGCACACUUAUCAGUUUAAGAUGUUCAAAUCGAGAGUAGGAGUUAGACAUGCAACUAUAAACUGGGCUACAUGGUGUGAUACUGCAACUGAAGCGUGA